GUGUAGUGUAUCCGGUUAGUCGUUGGGAGUUGCUCACAUGUGUUCUCAGUGAUCCUAGAGCAGACGUUUGUCUGCCCCCCAGCCCAAGUUCCACAUGUCUCUCCCCGCCGGCACAAUGGCCUUCGUGCCAGCCCCCAGCCCCACAGUGGUGGACCAGACCACCCUCAUGAAGAAGUACUUGCAGUUUGUAGCUGCCCUCACAGACAACAACACCCCUGAUGAGACCAAGCUCAAAAUGAUGCAGGAGGUCAGCGAGAACUUUGAGAAUGUGACAUCAUCUCCUCAGUACUCCACCUUCCUAGAACACAUCAUUCCACGCUUCUUGACAUUUCUCCAGGAUGGAGAGGUUCAGUUCCUGCAGGAGAAACCCACACAGCAACUGAGGAAGUUGGUCCUGGAGAUCAUACACCGGAUCCCCACCAACGAACACCUCCGACCGCACACCAAGAACAUCCUGUCUGUCAUGUUCCGCUUCCUGGAGAUCGAGAGCGAGGAGAACGUGUUGAUCUGCCUGCGCAUCAUCAUCGAGCUGCACAAGCAGUUCAGGCCCCAGAUCUCCCAGGAGAUACACCACUUCCUGGACUUUGUGAAGCAGAUCUACAAAGAGCUGCCCAAAGUGGUGGCACGUUACUUUGAGAACCCGCAGGUGAUAGCUGAGAACACGGUUCCCUCCCCUGAGAUGGUUGGCAUGAUCACCUCCGUCCUGGUCAAGACUGCCCCCGAGAGAGAGGACAGCGAGACGCGCACGCACACCAUCAUUCCCAGGGGCUCCCUGUCGCUCAAGGUGCUAGCGGAGCUUCCCAUCAUAGUGGUGCUCAUGUACCAGCUCUACAAGCUGAACAUACACAAUGUGGUGUCAGAGUUUGUCCCUCUCAUCAUGAGCACCAUAAUGCUGCAGGUGUCCCCACAAGCAAGGCAACACAAGCUUUACAACAAGGAGCUUUAUGCUGACUUUAUCGCUGCUCAGAUUAAGACCCUGUCCUUUCUGGCCUACAUCAUCCGCAUUUACCAGGACCUGGUAGGGAAGUAUUCCCAGCAGAUGGUGAAGGGCAUGCUGCAGCUGCUGUCUAACUGCCCGUCCGAGACGGCUCACCUGCGCAAAGAACUCCUCAUCGCCGCCAAACACAUCCUCACCACCGACCUGCGCAGCCAGUUCAUCCCGUGCAUGGACAAACUUUUUGACGAGUCCAUACUAAUCGGCUCUGGCUACACGGCCCGGGAGACACUGAGACCUCUGGCCUACAGCACGCUGGCUGACCUGGUGCACCAUGUGCGUCAGAACCUGCCCCUGACCGACCUGUCCCUGGCCGUGCAGCUGUUUGCCAAGAACAUCGACGACGAAUCGCUGCCCAGCAGCAUCCAGACCAUGUCCUGCAAGCUGCUGCUCAACCUGGUGGACUGCAUCCGCUCCAAGAGCGAGCAAGAGAACGGCAACGGGCGGGACAUCCUGAUGAGGAUGCUGGAGGUGUUUGUCCUGAAGUUCCACACCAUCGCCCGCUACCAGCUCGUCACCAUCUUCAAGAAGUGCAAGCCCCAGUCAGAGAUGGGCGUGGUGGACCCGGUGGCAUUGCCUGGCGUCCCUGCCACACCCACCCCGACCCCCGUCCCCGCCCUGCCCCCCCCGGUCCCCCCCACCCCCGUCACCCCUGCUCCUCCCCCCACCGCCGCCCUCGACCGGGCCGGGGAGAAGGAGGACAAGCAGACCUUCCUGGUGUCUGACUGCCGCAGCCUGGUCAAGACCCUGGUCUGUGGGGUGAAGACCAUCACCUGGGGGAUCACCUCCUGCAAGGCUCCUGGAGAGGCCCAGUUCAUUCCCAACAAGCAGCUGCAGCCUAAAGAGACUCAGAUCUACAUCAAGCUGGUGAAGUACGCCAUGCAGGCCCUGGACAUCUACCAGGUACAGGUUGCCAACAACCAGCAGACAUACAUCAGAGUGGCCAACUGUCAGACUGUGAGGAUGAAGGAGGAGAAGGAGGUGCUGGAGCACUUUGCUGGAGUCUUCACCAUGAUGAACCCGCUCACCUUCAAGGAGAUCUUCCAGACCACCGUCCCCUACAUGGUGGAGAGGAUCUCCAAGAACUAUGCUUUGCAGAUUGUAGCCAACUCGUUCCUGGCCAACUUGUCGACGUCGGCCCUGUUUGCCACCAUCCUGGUGGAGUAUCUGCUGGAGAGGCUCCCGGAGAUGGGCUCCAACGUGGAGCUCUCCAACCUCUACCUCAAACUCUUCAAGCUCGUCUUCGGCUCCGUCUCCCUGUUUGCGGCGGAAAACGAACAGAUGCUCAAGCCCCACCUCCACAAGAUAGUCAACAGCUCGAUGGAGCUGGCUCAAUCAGCCAAGGAGCCUUACAACUACUUCCUGCUUCUCCGGGCUCUCUUCCGUUCGAUUGGUGGUGGCAGCCACGACCUGCUGUACCAGGAGUUCCUGCCCCUCCUGCCCAACCUGCUGCAAGGCCUCAACAUGCUCCAGAGCGGCCUUCACAAGCAGCACAUGAAGGACCUGUUUGUGGAGCUGUGUCUGACGGUGCCUGUGCGCCUCAGCUCCCUGCUGCCCUACCUGCCCAUGCUGAUGGACCCGCUGGUGUCCGCCCUGAACGGCUCCCAGACUCUGGUCAGCCAGGGCCUGCGGACGCUGGAGCUGUGUGUGGACAACCUGCAGCCCGACUUCCUCUACGACCACAUUCAGCCAGUCAGGGCGGAGCUCAUGCAGGCCCUGUGGCGGACCCUGCGUAACCCGGCGGAGACCAUCUCCCACGUGGCGUACCGCGUCCUGGGGAAGUUCGGGGGCAGUAACAGGAAGAUGCUGAAGGAGUCCCAGCGGCUGCAGUACGUGGUGACCGAGGUGCAGGGCCCCAGCAUCAAGGCUGAGUUCACAGACUGCAAGGCCUCCAUCCAGCUACCCAUGGAGAAGGCCAUAGAGACGGCUCUGGACUGUCUGAAGAGCGCCAACACGGAGCCCUAUUACAGACGGCAGGCCUGGGAGGUCAUCAAGUGCUUCCUGGUGGCCAUGACCAGCCUGGAUGACAACAAGCAUGCCCUCUACCAGCUCCUGGCCCACCCCAAUUUCACCGACAAGUGGAUCCCCAGUGUGAUCAUCUCGCACCGCUACAAGGCCCAGGACACGCCGGCCAGGAGGACGUUUGAGCAGGCGCUGACUGGGGCCUUCAUGUCUGCCGUCAUCAAGGACCUGCGGCCCAGCGCCCUGCCGUUCGUGGCCAGCCUCAUCCGCCACUACACCAUGGUGGCCGUGGCCCAGCAGUGUGGUCCCUUCCUGUUGCCGUGCUACCAGCUGGGCAGCCAGCCCAGCACUGCCAUGUUCCACAGCGAGGAAAACGGCUCCAAGGGCAUGGACCCCCUGGUCCUGAUCGACGCCAUCGCUAUCUGCAUGGCCUAUGAGGAGAAGGAGCUGUGCAAGAUCGGAGAGGUGGCCCUGGCGGUCAUCUUCGACGUGGCCAGCAUCAUCCUGGGCUCCAAGGAGAGGGCCUGCCAGCUCCCUCUCUUCUCCUACAUCGUGGAGCGCCUGUGUGCGUGCUGCUACGAGCAGGCGUGGUACGCCAAGCUGGGGGGCGUGGUCUCCAUCAAGUUCCUCAUGGAGCGCCUGCCGCUCGUCUGGGUGCUGCAGAACCAGCUGACCUUCCUCAAGGCCCUCCUCUUCGUCAUGAUGGACCUCACAGGAGAGGUGUCCAAUGGCGCGGUCGCCAUGGCGAAAACCACGCUGGAGCAGCUGCUGGUGCGCUGUGCCACGCCCCUGAAGGAGGAGGAGCGCAGCGAGGAGCUGCUGGCCGCCCAGGACAAGUCCUUCCACAUGGUGACCCACGACCUGGUGCGCGAGGUCACCUCCCCCAACUCCACCGUCCGCAAGCAGGCCAUGCACUCCCUGCAGGUGCUGGCCCAGGUCACCGGGAAGAGCGUCACCAUCAUCAUGGAGCCCCACAAGGAGGUGUUACAAGACAUGGUGCCCCCUAAGAAGCACCUGCUGCGCCACCAGCCGGCCAACGCCCAGAUCGGCCUGAUGGAGGGCAACACCUUCUGCACCACACUGCAGCCUCGCCUCUUCACCAUGGACCUCAGCGUCAUGGAGCACAAGGUCUUCUACACGGAGCUGCUGAACCUGUGUGAGGCGGAGGAUGCUGCUCUGAUGAAGCUGCCCUGCUACAAGAGCCUGCCCUCCCUGGUGCCCCUGCGCAUCGCUGCCCUCAAUGCCCUGGCAGCCUGUAACUACCUUCCCCAGUCGAGGGAGAAGAUCAUUGCUGCUCUGUUCAAAGCCCUCAACUCCACCAACAGUGAACUGCAGGAGGCCGGGGAGGCAUGCAUGAGGAAGUUCCUGGAAGGGGCCACCAUCGAGGUGGACCAGAUCCACACUCACAUGCGCCCCCUGCUGAUGAUGCUGGGCGACUACCGCAGCCUGACGCUCAACGUGGUCAACAGGCUCACCUCGGUCACGCGCCUCUUCCCCAACUCCUUCAACGACAAGUUCUGUGACCAGAUGAUGCAACACCUGAGGAAGUGGAUGGAGGUUGUAGUGAUAACCCACAAAGGAGGGCAGCGUAGCGAUGGCAGUCCUGCAUUGGAGGGCGUGGAGGAGAUGAAGAUCUGUUCAGCCAUCAUCAACCUGUUCCACCUGAUCCCGGCCGCCCCCCAGACCCUGGUCAAACCCCUGCUGGAGGUGGUCAUGAAGACCGAGAGGGCCAUGCUCAUAGAGGCCGGCAGUCCCUUCCGGGAGCCCCUGAUCAAGUUCCUGACCCGCCACCCCUCCCAGACCGUGGAGCUGUUCAUGAUGGAGGCCACGCUCAACGACCCCCAGUGGAGCCGCAUGUUCAUGAGCUUCCUGAAGCACAAGGACGCCAAGCCCCUGAGGGACGUGCUGGCCUCCAACCCCAGCCGCUUCGUCCCCCUGCUGGUGCCCACCAGUACUGCAGCCGCCGUGCGCCCCGGCUCCCCCUCCACCUCCACCGCCAGGCUGGACCUGCAGUUCCAGGCCAUCAAGAUCAUCAGUAUCAUCGUGAAGAACGAGGAGGGCUGGCUGGCCGGGCAGCACUCCCUGGUCAGCCAGCUGAGGAGGGUGUGGGUGAGCGAGGCCUUCCAAGAACGCCACCGCAAGGACAACAUGGCCGCCACCAACUGGAAGGAGCCCAAGCUGCUGGCCUUCUGCCUGCUCAGCUACUGCAAGCGUAACUACUCUGAGAUAGAGCUGCUGUUCCAGCUCCUGAGGGCGUUCACGGGGCGCUUCCUCUGCAACAUGACCUUCCUGAAGGACUACAUGGAGGAGGACAUCCCCAAGAACUACAGCAUCGCCCACAAGCGAGCCCUCUUCUUCCGCUUCGUGGAGUUCAACGACCCGCACUUCAACGACGAGCUCAAGGCCAAGGUGUUGCAACACAUCCUGAACCCAGCCUUCCUCUACAGCUUUGAGAAGGGGGAGGGGGAGCAGCUCCUGGGCCCCCCCAACCCCGAGGGAGACAACCCCGAGAGCAUCACCAGCGUCUUCAUCACCAAGGUGCUGGACCCGGAGAAGCAGGCUGACCUGCUGGACUCUCUGCGGAUCUACCUGCUCCAGUUCUCCACCCUGCUGGUGGAGCACGCGCCCCACCACAUCCACGACAAUAACAAGUCCCGCAACAGCAAGCUGCGGCGCCUCAUGACCUUCGCCUGGCCCUGCCUGCUGCCCAAGGCCUGCGUGGACCCUGCCUGCAAGUACAGCGGGCACCUCCUCCUCGCGCACAUCAUCGCUAAGUUCGCCAUCCACAAGAAGAUCGUCCUGCAGGUCUUCCACAGCCUGCUGAAGGCCCACACCAUGGAGGCCCGGGCCAUCGUGCGGCAGGCCAUGGCCAUCCUGACGCCGGCCGUACCCGCCCGCAUGGAGGACGGCCACCAGAUGCUGACCCACUGGACCCGCAAGAUCAUCGUGGAGGAGGGCCACACCGUGCCCCAGCUGGUGCACAUACUGCACCUCAUAGUGCAGCACUUCAGGGUGUACUACCCAGUCAGGCACCACCUGGUGCAGCACAUGAUCAGCGCCAUGCAGCGUCUGGGCUUCACGCCCAGCGUGACCAUCGAGCAGAGGAAGCUGGCCGUGGACCUGGCCGAGGUCGUCAUCAAGUGGGAGCUGCAGAGGAUCAAGGACCAGCAGCCUGAGUCUGAGGCUGACCCCGCCCCCUCUGGAGAGGGCUCCUGCCCGGCGACAGGAGCUGGGGUGAAGAGGGGCCUCUCCAUGGACGCUGCCUCCUCCUCCUCUUCCUCCUCCUCGUCCGCCUCCUCCUCCUCCGCCGCCGCCACUCCCGGGCCGGACGCCAAGAGGUUCCGCACCGCUGCCGGCGCCGUGUCCACGGUGUUUGGCCGUAGUCAGUCCAUGCCAGGCACAGAGACCCUGCUCACCAAGCCUGUAGAGAAGCAACACACUGACACCGUGGUCAACUUCCUCAUCAGGAUCGCCUGCCAGGUGAAUGACAGCACCAGCGUGGCAGGCUCCCCAGGAGAGCUGUUGUCGCGGCGCUGCGUGAGCCUGAUGAAGACUGCUCUCAGACCUGACAUGUGGCCCAGGGCCGAGCUCAAACUGCAGUGGUUCGACAAGCUGCUCAUGACCGUGGAGCAGCCAGCCCAGGCCAACUUCUCCAACAUCUGCACAGGCCUGGAGAUCCUGUGCUUCCUGCUGACGGUGCUCCAGUCCCCGGCCAUCCUGGCCCACUUUAAGCCCCUGCAGAGGGGCAUCGCCGCCUGCAUGACCUGCAGCAACACCAAGGUCCUCCGGGCCGUCCACUCCCUGCUGUCCAGGCUCAUGAGCAUCUUCCCCACUGAGCCCAGUACCUCCACCGUGGCGUCUAAGUACGAGGAGCUGGAGUGCCUGUAUGCUGCCGUUGGAAAGGUCAUCUACGAGGGCCUCACCAACUAUGAGAAGACCACUAGCAGUGCUAACCCUACCCAGCUGUUUGGAACUUUGAUGAUCCUGAAGUCUGCCUGUAGCUAUAACUCCAGCUACAUCGACCGGCUCAUAUCGGUGUUCAUGCGCUCGCUCCAGAAGAUGGUCCGGGAACAUCUGAGCCCUCAGCAGGCCAACCCUGGAGCCACAGAGACCAGCACAGUGACCAGCGAGCUGGUGAUGCUGAGCCUGGACCUGGUGAAGACCCGCCUGUCCGUCAUGAGCAUGGAGAUGAGGAAGAACUUCAUCCAGGUCAUCCUCACCUCGCUCAUCGAGAAGUCGCCCGACGCCAAGAUCUUGCGGGCCGUGGUCAAGAUCGUGGAGGAGUGGGUGAAGAACAACUCCCCCAUGGCAGCCAAUCAGAUGCCUAACCUGAGAGAGAAGUCCAUCCUGUUGGUGAAGAUGAUGACCUACAUCGAGAAGCGUUUCCCUGACGACCUUGAGCUAAACGCCCAGUUCCUGGACCUCGUUAAUUACGUCUACAGGGACGAGAGCCUGUCUGGCAGCGACAUCACGUCCAAGCUGGAGCCCGCCUUCCUGUCUGGCCUGCGCUGUGCCCAGCCCCUCAUCAGGGCCAAGUUCUUCGAGGUGUUCGACACGUCCAUGAAGCGCCGCGUGUACGAGAGGCUGCUGUACAUGUGCUGCUCCCAGAACUGGGAGGCCAUGGGCAGCCACUUCUGGAUCAAGCAGUGUAUAGAGCUGCUGCUGGCUGUGUGUGAGCGGAACAGCAUUAUCGGCACCAGCUGCCAGGGCUCCAUGCUGCCGUCCAUCACACACGUCAUCAACCUGGCCGACAGCCACGACCGCGCCGCCUUCGCCAUGGCGACGCACAUCAAGCAGGAGCCGCGCGAGCGCGAGAACAGCGAGACCAAGGAGGAGGAUGUGGAGAUAGACAUCGAGCUGGCGCCGGGAGACCAGACGGCACUGCCCAAGACCAAGGAGCAGGCAGAGAGAGACGCAGGGAACCAGCUGCACAUGCUCACCAACCGCCACGACAAGUUCCUGGACUCUCUCCGAGAGGUCAAGACUGGGGCUCUGCUGAACGCCCUGGUGCAGCUGUGUCACAUCUCGACCCCCCUGGCUGAGAGGACCUGGGUCCAGCUCUUCCCCCGCCUCUGGAAGAUCCUGUCCGACCGACAGCAACACGCCCUGUCGGGGGAGAUGAGCCCCUUCCUGUGCAGUGGGAGCCACCAGUCUCAGAGGGACUGCCAGCCCAGCGCCCUCAACUGCUUCGUGGAGUCCAUGUCGCAGUGCGUGCCCCCCAUCCCCAUCCGGCCGUGCGUGCUCAAGUACCUGGGCAAGACCCACAACCUGUGGCUGCGCUCCACCCUCAUGCUGGAGCAACAGGCCUUCGAGAAGGGCCUCAGCCUGCACAGCAAGCCCAAGCAGAGCACCGACUUCUACGAGCAGGAGAGCAUCACGCCCCCCCAGCAGGAGAUCCUGGACUCCCUGGCGGAGCUGUACUCCCUCCUGCAGGAGGAGGACAUGUGGGCAGGGCUCUGGCAGAAGCGCUGCAAGUUCCCCGAGACGGCCACCGCCAUCGCGUACGAGCAGCACGGCUUCUUCGAGCAGGCCCAGGAGAGCUAUGAAAAGGCCAUGGAGAAGGCCCGGAAGGAGCAUGAGAGGAGCAACACCUCCCCGGCCAUCUUCCCUGAGUACCAGCUCUGGGAGGACCACUGGAUACGGUGCUCCAAGGAGCUGAACCAGUGGGAGCCCCUGACGGAGUACGGCCAGUCCAAAGGCCACAGCAACCCCUACCUGGUGCUGGAGUGUGCCUGGAGGGUCUCCAACUGGGCAGCCAUGAAGGAGGCGCUGGUACAGGUGGAGCUGAGCUGUCCCAAGGAGAUGGCGUGGAAGGUGAACAUGCACCGGGGCUACCUGGCCAUCUGCCACCCGGAGGAGCAGCAGCUGAACUUCAUCGAGAGGCUGGUGGAGAUGGCCUCCAGCCUGGCCAUCCGGGAGUGGAGGAGGCUGCCCCACAUCGUCUCCCACGUACACACACCUCUGCUGCAGGCUGCCCAGCAGAUCAUUGAGCUCCAGGAGGCGGCCCAGAUCAACGCAGGGCUGCAGCCGGCCAACCUGGGCCGCAACACCAGCCUCCACGACAUGAAGACGGUGGUGAAGACCUGGAGGAACCGCCUGCCCAUCGUGUCUGACGACCUGUCUCACUGGAGCUCCAUCUUCAUGUGGAGGCAGCACCACUACCAGGCCAUUGUGACGGCGUAUGAGAACAACACUCAGCACGACCCCAACACCAACAACGCCAUGCUGGGCGUCCACGCCUCUGCCUCCGCCAUCAUCCAGUACGGCAAGAUCGGCCGCAAGCAGGGCCUGGUGAACGUAGCCCUGGACAUCCUGAGUCGCAUCCACACCAUCCCCACCGUGCCCAUCGUCGACUGCUUCCAGAAGAUCCGGCAGCAGGUCAAGUGUUACCUGCAGCUGGCCGGAGUCAUGGGCAAGAACGAGUGCAUGCAGGGUCUGGAGGUGAUCGAGUCCACCAACCUCAAGUACUUCACUAAGGAGAUGACUGCAGAGUUCUACGCCCUGAAGGGCAUGUUCCUGGCCCAGAUCAACAAGUCUGAGGAGGCCAACAAGGCUUUCUCGGCAGCAGUGCAAAUGCACGACGUGCUUGUUAAGGCCUGGGCCAUGUGGGGGGACUACCUGGAGAACAUCUUCGUCAAGGACCGCCAGCUGCACCUGGGCGUGUCGGCCAUCACCUGCUACCUGCACGCCUGCCGCCACCAGAACGAGAGCAAGUCACGCAAGUACCUGGCCAAGGUCCUGUGGCUCCUGAGCUUCGACGACAAGAACACGUUGGCCGACGCCGUGGACAAGUACUGCAUCGGGGUGCCGCCCAUCCAGUGGUUGGCAUGGAUACCACAGCUGCUGACCUGCCUGGUGGGGUCGGAGGGCAAGCCCCUGCUCAACCUCAUCAGCCAGGUGGGCAGGGUGUACCCCCAGGCUGUCUACUUCCCCAUCAGGACCCUCUACCUCACGCUCAAGAUAGAGCAGAGGGAGCGCUACAAGAGCGACUCAGGCCAGCAGCAGCCCAGCUCAGUGGGCUCCCAGAGCCACUCUGCGUCGGACCCAGGCCCCAUCCGGGCCACGGCGCCCAUGUGGCGCUGCAGCCGCAUCAUGCACAUGCAGCGGGAGCUGCACCCCACCCUGCUGUCCUCCCUGGAGGGCAUCGUGGACCAGAUGGUCUGGUUCAGGGAGAACUGGCACGAAGAGGUGCUCCGCCAGCUCCAGCAGGGCCUGGCCAAGUGCUACUCGGUGGCCUUCGAGAAGAGCGGCGCGGUGACCGACGCCAAGAUCACGCCGCACACGCUGAACUUUGUGAAGAAGCUGGUGAGCACGUUCGGCGUGGGCCUGGAGAACGUGUCCAACGUGUCCACCAUGUUCUCCAGCGCCGCCUCCGAGUCGCUGGCCCGCCGCGCCCAGGCCACCGCACAGGACCCCGUCUUCCAGAAGAUGAAGGGCCAGUUCACCACAGACUUUGACUUCAGUGUCCCGGGCUCCAUGAAGCUCCACAACCUCAUCUCCAAGCUGAAGAAGUGGAUCAAGAUCCUGGAGGCCAAGACCAAGCAGCUGCCCAAGUUCUUCCUGAUCGAGGAGAAGUGUCGCUUCCUCAGCAACUUCUCAGCGCAGACCGCCGAGGUGGAGAUCCCAGGAGAGUUCCUCAUGCCCAAACCCACGCACUACUACAUCAAGAUCGCCAGGUUCAUGCCCCGGGUGGAGAUCGUCCAGAAGCACAACACGGCGGCCCGCCGCCUGUACAUCCGGGGCCACAACGGCAAGAUCUACCCCUACCUGGUGAUGAAUGACGCCUGCCUGACCGAGUCCCGCAGAGAGGAGCGCGUCCUGCAGCUGCUGCGCCUGCUCAACCCCUGUCUGGAGAAGAGGAAGGAGACCACCAAGAGGCACCUGUUCUUCACCGUCCCCAGGGUGGUGGCCGUGUCCCCCCAGAUGCGUCUGGUGGAGGACAACCCCUCGUCCCUCUCGCUGGUGGAGAUCUACAAGCAGCGCUGCACCAAGAAGGGCAUCGAGCACGACAACCCCAUCUCCCGCUACUACGACCGCCUGGCCACCGUGCAGGCCAGGGGGACGCAGGCCAGCCACCAGGUUCUGCGUGACAUCCUGAAGGAGGUGCAGGGGAACAUGGUCCCUCGCAGCAUGCUGAGGGAGUGGGCCCUGCACACCUUCCCCAACGCCACCGACUACUGGACCUUCCGGAAGAUGCUGACCAUCCAGCUGGCCCUCAUCGGCCUGGCGGAGUUCAUGCUGCACCUCAACCGCCUCAACCCUGAGAUGCUGCAGAUCGCUCAGGACACGGGGAAGCUCAACGUCUCCUACUUCCGCUUCGACAUCAACGACGCCUCGGGCGACCUGGACGCCAACCGGCCCGUGCCCUUCCGGCUGACGCCCAACAUCUCCGAGUUCCUGACCCCCAUCGGCGUGUCGGGCCCGCUCACCGCCUCCAUGAUCGCCGUGGCGCGCUGCUUCUCGCAGCCCAACUUUAAGGUCGACGGCAUCCUGAAGGCAGUCCUUCGAGAUGAGAUCAUUGCCUGGCAUAAGAAGACCCAGGAAGACACGUCCAUGCCCCUGUCCCCCGCUGGCCAACCAGAGAACAUGGACUCCCAGCAGCUUGUCUCAUUGGUCCAGAAGGCUGUCACCGCCAUCAUGACCCGCCUCCACAACCUUGCCCAGUUUGAGGGUGGGGAGAGCAAGGUGAACACGCUGGUGGCUGCAGCCAACAGUCUGGACAACCUCUGUCGCAUGGACCCGGCUUGGCACCCCUGGCUAUAGGAGAGGACUUCAGGCCAACAUUAGGGAAGAAUCCUGGGAAAGGGAUGAUACUUCCUGUCUCGUUGUUGUCAUGUCAACCAUGUGGCGACUGUGCUGUCAGCUUGUUGGUGGGCAUAAGCAGUCUGGAUGGACAUGCAGGAGCACUCGACUGCGGAAGGAACAGUUGAGGUUGUUCAAAUGGAAAACCGAUGUUAUGUCUACUUCUACUGAAGAUCCUGUUUAUUUGUUGAUUACAAAUAUCCUUUGCAUCAUUAUUUAAAACAAAACCAUUGAACUAAUGCUUAGAUCCCCUUUUUACAUAGCCCUGAAUAUUGAAGAAUAAUAUCCUCCUGUGAAUAACUGAUAAAGCUGUAUUGUUUGGUUUCCACUAGCUGUAGUAUGACCUGUUUAUUAGCUACUUUAAAAGACCUUUUGACUUUAGUUCAAGGGGCCAGAGGAGUCUGUGUAAGGGUAUACCUGUACUGUCCUGUCUCUACUGUACAGUUCUCUAUACUGUACUGUGCUCUCUAUACAGUCCAGUAUUACAUCCUGUACUGUACUGUGCUCGAUACAGUCCAGUAUUACAUCCUGUACUGUACUCUAUACAGUCCAGUAUUACAUCCUGUACUCAGCACGACCGCUGCAGUGUGGCAGCAGAGACAGUGAGGCUGCCUGCCUCUGUUACUAGUGUUCCUGGUGAAGCUGGCCUGCCUCAAGCCAGGUUUUGUAUGCCGUCUCCCCCCUCUUUUGUAAAGGUACAGCUUUAUACCAACUAAAGGAUUGUUACUUCUGCCAUGUAAAUAUGCAUUUUGUUUUAUUAAAAUGCUCUUUUUUAAAAUAUA